AUGUACUGUCUGCUGUGUGGUUUUUUGGAGUCGUUUCCAAGAGAAAUUGGCAAGGCCACUCUCAUUGCAUACAGCUCAACUAUACCAGCAGGGGGCACAGUGAAACUGACCUGUAAUGUGACAGAGUUUGCUGAUUUGGAAUAUGAGUGGUUCAGAGAAAGCUCAUCUGAGAAGAAGUCCACAAUAUCUGAUGAAUCAGACAGAGUGAUCAGUAUCUCUAAAGGAGGCAUCUACACCUGCAGAGGAAGGAGAAAAGACAGGAAUUCAACCUUAACAGAAAGUGGUCCAGUCACCAUUCAGGAAACUGUUCUCAACAGUGUCAUACUGACGCUGCAAAACAACUGGACUCAGAUAUUCACUGGUGAGCUGAUCCACAUCAAGUGUGAGAUACGCGGAAGUGAAGACACUAAGUGGAAAUAUGAAUGGACAUUACCCAACACAAACACCCCUCCAUCAUCCAGUGAAUACACAGUCAGCAGGGCAUUAGUGUCCCACCGUGGAGACUACAGAUGUCGGGGUAGAAGUGACUAUCUCAUAACCGGAUGGAGCGAUGCACUCAAACUACUAUUGCCACCCUCAAACAAAGCUGUUGUGACUCUGCAUCCAAACUGGACUGAGAUAUACAGAGGAGAGACGAUCACUGUCAGAUGUGAGAUCCAUGGAGGAGACACUGAGUGGGAUUAUGAAUGGGAAAGAAACAGCUACAGAAAACCUCCAAAUCAAAAUGAAUACAGGAUUAGAUCUGCUUCAUCAUCCAACAGUGGAAACUACCGCUGUAAGGGCCGAAUGAAAAGUUCACUUAAAACAACAGAGUGGAGUGAUUCAGUCACACUGACAGUUUCUGACAAUGAACCCCGUCCUGUCCUCACUGUGUCUCCAUCAUGGCUGAGUCCUGGAGCCUCAGUAACUCUGAACUGUGAGGUUGAACAUCCGUCUGCAGGAUGGAGCUUCUACUGGUAUAAAGCUGUUCCUGAUCUAUCAGAGAAAUCCUACAGUUAUGAGCUGCUACCUGAUGGCAGUGGGACUGCACAGGACUCCUACAUCAUUGAUGGACAGACACACACAGCAGGAUAUGUGUGUAGAGCUGGAAGAGGAGACCCAGAGUAUCACACUGAUCACAGUGAACCAAAGUUUGUCUGGUCUGCAGAUGUUCAUUCAGCAGCGUCUCUCACAGUGAGUCCUGACAGAGUGCAACACUUCACCUCUGACUCUGUCUCACUGACCUGUGAGGGAAACUCUGCUGAGUGGAGAGUGAAGAAGUUCACUGAGCAGGGCUCCAUGUAUUGUUUUAACUGGAGGGAAAUUAACGGAUCCACAUGUAACAUCAACACAUCACAGUCAGGUACUGCAGUGUACUGGUGUGAGUCUGGAUCAGGAGAAUUCAGCAGCGGAGUCAACAUCACUGUACAGGAUGAUCCUGAUGCUCCUAUCCUGGUGAGUCCUGUUCAUCCUGUGACUGAAGGAGCUUCUGUUAGUCUGAGCUGCAGAUUGAGGACACAAAAAAUACUUUCCAAUGUGUUUUUCUAUCACAAUGACAAACUUAUUCAAAAUGAUACCCGAGAGGAGCUGAAGAUCUCUGCAGUGUCAAAGUCUGAUGAAGGUUUCUACAAGUGUGAAUACUCAGGAAGAGAGUCACCACAGAGCUGGAUGUUAGUUAAAGCUGAAAACUCUUUGUUUCCUGUUUUGAUGAUCACUGGACUAAUUUCUGGAAUUAUAUUUAUUGUUUUCCUGCUGCUGCUGUUGUAUUGCUGCAGAAAGUUCAGAGGUGCUAAUGACCAGACAGUCAAUCAGGAUGAACAUCAGCAGCAAGUGUACUCCUCUCUUCUUCAUGGUGAUCGUUGUGUCUAUGAGACAAUCAGAGGCUCUGAAAACACUGAAAAUGGUGAUCGUUUUGUCUAUGAGACAGCCAGAACUUCAGAAAACACUGAAAAUGGGCAGCAUGAUGACCCAGAGGAGAGCGCCAUCUACAUUAAUGUGAAUCCAUGUUCAGAGAUGUUUAUAAAGCCCUAAAAGUGUCAAAAAAUCUGUCUGACAAAUCUUUACAUUUGAAAUCUUUGAGCAUUUCAUGUUUGAUUUGCUUUAAGUGAAAACAUAUUUUAGCUCAAACCAAAGAUCCUAAAACUCUGAGUUUCUAUUUUCUCUUGAAAUAACCACUAGAACCACUUGUUUCAGUUCUAUUCUAUAGAUAAUAAUUACUGUAGAGGCUGCCGGGAGUGUAUUUCACAGCCGUUUGGUGUUUUGAAUCCACCGAAAGAGAGAAUUAAUUUAAUAUGCUCAUUUUUAAAGCAAUGGACUGAAUGCGUGUUUUUGUUAAUGCCUCAGUAUUACUCUUCAGCAAGGUGGGUAACCUGUGCAGGUGAUACUGGUCCAGUCAGGCUCUGUUGAGGAAACUGAGCCAUUCUUUCUGUGGAAUCUGUGGAAGUGUUUAAGCUAUGAGAACAAAUUUUACCAGCACAUAGUUUCAGCCACCACAAGUUGUUCAUUUGCCUCCUGUAGCAUUAAAGCAUGUAAUUAGCAACUUUCUAUGUAUCAUUUCUUCCAAUAUUGUUUGCCACCCAAGAAAAAAGACUCAAAAGCCCAGUUCAUGUACCAUUAAAACCAUAGCCAUGUACAGAUGUUUUGGGGGACAGGUUCUGAGGCCAAAAAUCCAUUCAUUUACAUUCAGUAGCACACCUUUUACUUCACUUAUUCCAACACCCAAACUCUCAUAUAGAGGUAUAUCAGAUGAAAAAUCAAAAUUAAUGAUCAGUUUUUGACAAAACCAUGAAUUUGCACAGAGAUGAUGGUCUGUUCCAGUCACUAUAACUAAGUGACUGACACUUUAAGCGCACACUGAGGUUUUAGACUGGCAGUGUACCCCAGUCUAUGAAUGCUGGUAAUAUUUCAGUCAGGGGCCCCCGAUUAUCCAAACCAGUUGCAACGUCACGUACAAAUUGACCCACACAUGUGACGUCCAGCUACUCAGGUCUUGUGGACCCCACACAUACCUGGAACCAUUUUUCUGGCUUCUUUUCUUCUAUCAAUACUGAGGUUUAACAUUAUUGCUGAAUGACUGCAAUGAACGCAAUUUGAUGUAAAAGUUUUUAAAUAGUAAAUAAUCAGUAGA